AUGUGUCUGUUAGCUCACAGCUUUGACAUAGAACGUUGUUGGAGAGUUUUUAGAGGCUGUAUAGGCGGAAUAGGUGAAUCCCAUUACAUUGCAUUGUUAGCUGCCUCGUGCUAGCCCUUUUUCAAGAAUGCAUGGAAAAGAGAAAGACGUGUUCAUGGCUCACAUGAAGAUUGUGGAUGAUGGACAAAAUUUCCCCCCCAAAAAAGUACACUUUUCCUUUAAAUGUUCCUCACCUUUUUGUGGUUACACUGUAUUGGAUGUUACAAAGAAUGUUUUUAUCUUUAAAAAAAAGAUUGUUUGCGUGCAUCUACGUACCUUUUAAUUCAGUGGCUUUCAAUUUCUGUCAUGCCCCCACUGGGGGGCAGAAAUCUUUUCAGCCCCCUACAAUUGACAAACUAUUUAUCUGGACUGUACAGACUGAACUCGAAAGUGAAACCAACAAAAUGGAGAGCAGUGAAGCAUACAAGUGUAUUCAAGAGUCAAAUUGCAUGCUGUCUUUGUUUCGUGGGUGAAAAUGGUAUAUUAUUUGUUAAAAAAAAAAAAAACAUAUUGAAGAAAUUGUAUUUGCCCUGUGCAUCUUCAAGCAAAAAAUGGCUAAAUAACUCAAAACAUACUGUAAAUACAAGGCAGAUGACGAGUUCGACUUGUGGGUGUAGUAUUGUACAUUGGCCACUAGGUGGCAGUAAUCGUUGGAACAACAGGCUUUUGUUGCAGGUUUAAAUUAUUUCACAACAGGCACAAUAUUAAGAUGAAAAUAACACAGACUACUGUUGUGGUCAUAACCCACCACAAGCUAAAACUCCACUGUCAACCCCUGGCGUCACUUUCUGUCCACUGCCACUAAGAACCCUCUAGGGAGCGCAUUUGCUGUGACACAAAAGCACAAGAUUUAUUUACGUGUCAAAUGGAUUAUUUUCUCAGAUUAUGUCUACUAUAUUGGGUAAUAGGAGUGCAAAGGUGACUAUAGGGGUGUUAUUACAUGAGAGCUCUAAUAAUGUUAAAAACUGCUUUUGGAAGAUUGUAAACAGGUUUUAGGUGCCGUAACUGUGAAAAUAUUCCACUCAUAAAGAAGGAAUCCUACUUCUGGAACCAAUUAACCGCAAUAAACGAGGGAUUACUGUACAUUCUAACUUGCCAGUUCAAUUACAAAGCAUUGCCCAAUUCUGAAACUGCAGUAUUAGGAGGGGAACAGCGCAUGCCAGUGGUACGGAUGGCCAUGGCCCCCUCACUCCACCAAGCAGUGACCCUCCUGUGGUUCUUGACGGCGGCUGUCGGGAUGCCAGACCCGAUCAAGCGGGACCAGCUGAUUGCCCAGGAGGCCUCCAGGCAGACGGGCGGCAAGGUGGCGCUCACCCCGGUCGAGCGUAAGCUGGAUGCCAAGCUUCGCCAAAUGAAGGAGCGAGAGAUGUGGGCUGACCCCUUUCCCCCUGCCCUGCACUUCUUCAAGGCUAAGCCUCUCAUCCAGAGAAGCUCCAUCUUCAAGUUGCUGCAGAACAUGCCCAAAGGCGCCGCCCUCCACAUCCACAGCUCCUCCCUUGUGAGCGUGGAGUGGCUGGUGAAGAACGUGACGUACCGUCCGCACUGCUACGUCUGCUUCACGUGGGACAACUCGGUGCGCUUUGUCUUCUCUCAGCGACAGCCUUUCCCCCGCUGGGACUGCUUCUACUGGCAGCUGCUGCACACCCUGCGGGCCAAGAACGGAGACCCGGCGAGCUUUGACGCCAGCUUGAUGCAGCACCUGACGCUGAUCACGGAAGACCCAGAUGGCGAGUACCCAAACCAGGACGCCGUGUGGGAGAAGUUUGAGAAGGCCUUCAUUGCCACGGCAGGCCUGGUGAGCCACGCCCCCGUGCUGAGGGACUACAUCUUUCAAGGCCUUCAGGAGCUCCACCAGGACAACGUCAUGUAUCUGGAGCUGCGCAGCGGUCUUUCCAGGGUUUGUGUGUCGUCGUCCUCCUCGACCUGCUGUAGUUUUUUAAAUCUGCUGUACACCUUUUAUUUUAUUUUGUAUUGUCAGGCGUAUGAGCUGGACGGAACGAUUCACGACAAGAUGUGGACGCUGAGGACCUUUCAGGAAGUCACAAACAAAUUUGUCAAAGAUCAUCCGGACUUUCUCGGGGCUCGCCUCAUCCUAUCCGUGCACAGGGCUUGGAGUGCAUCUGAGGUGAAAGCGGCUGUGAAGGAGGCCAUUGAGCUGCAGAAGGAGUUCCCUGAUGUGGUUGCAGGAUUUGACCUGGUGGGCAGGGAGGAUAGCCGCAGGCCGCUAUGGUACUUCCGGGACGCUCUUUCCCUGCCUGAUCAACUAGGCGUCACGCUGCCAUACUUCUUUCACGCUGGAGAGACCGACGAGGAGGGCACCGAGGUGGAUCAGAACAUCCUGGACGCGCUCCUGUUCAACACCAGCCGCAUCGGGCACGGAUACGCCCUGGCACGCCACCCGCUCGCUAAAGAGCUCUCUAGGAAAAGGAACGUGGCGGUGGAACUGUGCCCCAUCUCAAACCAGGUGCUGAAGCUGAUCUCGGACCUGCGGAACCACCCUGCGGGGGUGCUCAUGUCCGAGGGCCACCCGAUGGUGAUCAGCUCAGACGACCCGUCCAUGUUCGGCAACACGGGCCUGGCCUACGACUUCUUUCAAGCCUUCAUGGGCAUCGGUGGCCUGAAAGCAAACCUGGGCACCCUGAAAGAACUGGCCCUCAACUCCAUCAGCUCGCUGCCAGACCACCUUAAGGACGCGGGUCAGGCCAUGUGGCAGAAGAAAUGGGACACAUUCAUUUCGGCUCACCUUUGAGAGCCAAACUGACCGUUUUUUGUGUGAACAUUGAACUUUUGAAGGCUACUGUCAGUCGGAUGAUUUUAGAAAUAAAUCAUUUUCUUUUAUAUAUGACAGCCUGCAGAGUAAACCCACCCAAAAAAAAAUCACUCAAGUUGGGAAGCUUUUGCAUAACAAUUUAACAAAGUUAUGCCACAAAGCAGAAUGUAACUUGCCAUGAGAUUUGUCUUUGGCUGAUUGAUUAAUUGAUUGGUUAAAAAUGUUGGCAAUCACGCAUUUGAUCGAUCUGAAGUUUGUAUCAGCGAGGUUACGUUGUAUGUUGACGCAACAGAGGUAUCAUACAUAGCCUCGGGUUCUUUCGUGUAGCAAAGACUUUUGUCCUUUCUUUCCCAUGUUACUCUCUUAAAAUAACAGUAAAGUAACGCAGUGAGAGCGUGGGAUAACAGUGAGCAUCAAAAAUGUGUGAGGGAAUACUGAGAGACAAGCAUUCGCACCCAUGCUGCGUUGUGUAAUGUUCUUUCCUUGUGAUGUUACCUUACCGUAAUUUUAAGAGCGUAGGUGACAAGUGAAUGUUGAAAGAUGAUGCAAUAAUAUUGGGCGCAUCGGAGUUCGUACGUGCUUUUACGUUGAGUAAUGUUCUUUCUUUGCGAUGUUACUUUAGCGUAAUUUUAAGAGCCUAGGUAACGAGUGAAUGCUGAGAGACGAGCGUUCGCACCCACGCUAUUUGGCCGCACCAAAGUUUGUACACACUUCUUCGUCGUGUAAUGGCCGUUCAGUACGAUGUCACUUAGUGCCGUAAUUUUAAAAAGCAUAGGGUAACACUUCCCACCUUAUAAGAGAAAUGAAUUUUGAUAGUUUUGUUGCUCAAAGGAAUGUCUUCUUUGGUGUUUGUCAUCCGUGGGAAUCUUCCAGUGCAAAAUGUGAGUUCUCUGCACUCGCAAGCUGCUGAAUUGUUACCUCGCCUGCUGGAUCUGAGCCUACUUCGCUUCCCUCUCUUUGAUAUAAUUCUGUAUGUUCCAGAUCUGACCCGUGCAGCGCUGAAUGAUAAGAUGGUAGUAACUGUCUUGACCCACGGCGAUCUCUAGACACCUCUUUGUCUCCCUGUUCUGGAUGGACAUUCCCUGCCGCACACGUGGUGAAGGCGGUCAGUGUAUUCAUGUUAAAGACUGCAGUACAGAUGGUCCACAACUCACCUGUUUGAAAUCCCACAACAUGUGGAACUUCUUCUGAGCGGCCAACUUGCAUUCAUGCAGCGCCGGGUAGACGCCUGUGCCGGGAUCCACCAGACAGCGGUUACUGUUGUACUUGUGGGACUUGAUGCCGCCGAUGUAGAGUUGUCCGUUGGUGCGGUAGUAGCAGCGCUGCACCACAGAAGGAUGGCAGUCCACAAAUGCAAAAAAAAAGUAGGUGUGAGGUGUCAUACCUGAGGGGCGAAGUAGUGGCAUGAAUAGAGAAUGGGGGUGCUGCCUGGAACUGGACCUUGGUCAAUGCAGAGAUCCAGCUUCAACGUGUUUAUAAGCUGCCAAUAGAAGCACAAGCAGUACGGCUCCUUCAGCACUCUGAUCAAUGCUUUUCCAGACCCGACUGUGAUAAGUGAACUUCCGCAAAGUAGGACUCCUUAUUUAUAGAUGGAAUAUUUUUGUAGGUAUGGCAUAGAAAUCCUGUUUACAAACUUCUACAUAUGGUUUUUUACAUUAUUAGAGCCCUCGAGACGUGAAAUCACACCCCUAUAAGCACCUUUACACUCCUAUUACCCAAUACGGUAGACAUAAUAAGAGAAAAUAAGACAUGGAAAACCUAUUUACCACCUUUUUAAAUACACUAAGUCCCCAACUAACGAACACAAUUGGUUCCAGACGACCGUUCUUAAGUCAAAUUGUUCUUUAGUAGGGGAAAAGGUAAUAUUACCAAUGAUAUAGGUACUACAUCUACGUGUAUACAUAUACAGUAUAUGUGUAUGUAUGUAAAUAUGAGUUUGGAUGCAGUAGUAAUAUUAAACCAGGAUAAUUAAUGAAAAAAACAAUAAUAAAAGUGAUAUAAUAAUACGUAAUGAUAAAUGUUAUUUACAUUUGAAGAGGAGUGGUCGAGCAUACGUCGUUGUGGAGGAGGAGGACUUAUUGGAAAAAGGACAAAUGGUGUUGGUGGUUAGACUCUUCUAAAAGAGGUAGUGUUCUGUGGGUGGUGUAGAAUUAAGCAGGCCUAUUAACUCUUCAUAAACUUUAAUCACACGCUCUGUCCGGGUUGUAUCAUACAGCUACAAUUUAGCUUUCCAUUUAGCUUUCUCUGCCCAGCGUCUAACUCUUCCUCUGUUGGUCCCAUUAGCAGUGUCACAGUGCCCUCUACUGGUCAAGCAUGUACAGUAUAAAUAAUGGAGUUACAGUACAGUACUAAAAGGCAAAAUACAUGAAAAUAUAAACCAGUCGGCUUGUGUUCGUAUCUCCGAAAGUUCGCAUGUCGGAUGUAGUACAUAGCACCCCUAUAGUCACCUUUACACUCCUAUUACUCAAUAUAGUAGACAUAAUAAGAGAAAAUAAGACAUAUAAAAUCUAUUUACCACCUUCUUAAAUACAGUUUUUAACAUUAUUAGAGCCCUCAAGACAUGAAAUAGCACCCCUAUAGUCACCUUUACACUCCUAUUACUCAAUAUAGCAGACAUAAUAAGAGAAAAUAAGACAUAUAAGACAAAGAAAACCUAUUUAUCACCUUCUUAAAUACAGUUUUGAACAUUAUUAGAGCCCUCUAGACAUAACAUAGCACCCCUAUAGUCACCUUUACACUCCUGUUACUCAAUAUAGUAAACAUAAUAAGAGAAAAUAGGACAUAUCGGACAUAGAAAACCUGCUUUCCACCGACUAAGUACAGUUUUUAACAUUAUUAGAGCCCUCUAGACAUGAAAUAACACCCAUA